AUAACAUUUUGUUUUGACACAGUUCAGUUUCCAAUUUCAUUAGCUGUGCCAUGUUCUAGGUGUCAAGUGGAUGCUUCUGUUUGUUUUUCCCACCAGCAAAACAUUUUGAACUACAAGAACAGUGCGGUGUAGUGGUAAUGACUCAGAGACACAGAAUUGUAUUUGGUAGGUGCUCUCUUUGUAUUUUGUCCAGGGCACUGGCCAUCUUACACGCACCGUGAGUACUGUUGCGUGUGUAGGACGUCAUGGCCAUGUCGAUGAAACUAACGAAACUGCACUCAUAUCCAAGAUACCCCGGAUCCGAUACUGGGCCCGGAUUGCUGUUUAUCUCGAUUCUGCUCAGUAACUCCCGUCCUUUCACUCAUUGCAGGGACUGCGCUUGUCUGCCAUGUUGGGCGCCCUUGGAACGGCGGCCGGGUCGUGGAUCAAAGUGGCUUCAGCGUCGCCCGACAUGUUCGUGGUAGCAUUUGUGGGGCAGACGCUGGUCGCCAUGUCACAGGUGUUCAUCUUGAGCGUCCCUGCACGACUCGCCGCCGUGUGGUUCGGUCCAAACGAGGUAUCCUCGGCUUGUUCCGUUGGCGUGUUCGGGAACCAGCUGGGGAUAGCCAUUGGUUUCCUGAUCCCACCAAUGAUAGUGAAGAACCACGACAGCUUGGAUGAGAUUGGCCAUGAUCUGUCUGUCAUGUAUUACUCUGUGGCUGGCUUUACCACAGUGCUACUGGUGCUAAUCAUACUAUUGUUCAAGGCAGAACCUCCCUUGCCACCCAGUCUUGCCCAGGCUGAGCAGCGGGCGAAGGAGGAUACUAACUUUGUGGGCUCUGUGAAGCGGCUGGUAACAAACAGAGGUUACGUGUUGCUCAUGAUGUCAUAUGGCUUAAACGUGGGCGUGUUCUAUGCCAUCUCAACGCUGCUCAAUCAAGUGGUUCUCAUCUACUUUCCGAAUGGAGAGGAAGACGCAGGCCGUAUUGGGCUACUGAUGGUACUGGCAGGCAUGCUGGGCUCAGUUCUGUCUGGAAUUGUGCUUGAUAAGACCCACAGGUUCAAGGAGACCACCAUGGCUCUGUACAUCUUUUCACUGCUGGGGAUGGUUGCCUACAUGUUCACUCUCAGCACUGGAAAGAUUGGCAUUGUCUACGCCACGGGAGCUCUCCUGGGGUUUUUCAUGACGGGCUACCUCCCAGUGGGCUUUGAGCUGGCUGCCGAGCUCACAUACCCGGAGCCAGAGGGCACAUCAGCAGGAAUAUUGAAUGCUGCCGUACAGCUGUUUGGUAUUGCACUCACCAACUGUUAUUCAUGGCUGCUGGAAGUCACAGAUGAUAUGUGGGCAAAUGGUGCACUGUGCAUUGCUUUGGCACUGGGCAUAGUCCUGACCUUCCUCAUAAAGUCAGACUUGCGGCGACAGGCAGCCCAGGGCCCAAAGUUGUCCAUUGGCACAGCCACCAUCCAGUGAAGUAACAGACAGCUGUCACCAGAACACGUGAAAACAGGAAGGUAAAUGUGCCAUGACACAUAUAAGAACACUUUUAGUGUGACACGUGAGCCAAGAUAUAAGGGUCGUCCAGAUAGUAAAGACCGUUUGGGCAUAGCGAUGCAUGCGUAGUAAUGAAGAAAUGAAAAAGAUGGUUUAAAGACUGGUUCAAUGUACUGGCAGCAGAUUUUUACGAUGCAGGAAUACAGAAACUCAUCACAUGAUAUGACAAAUGUCUGAAUCUUCAUGGGGAUUAUGUAGAAAAACGAUUUAAGGUCUGUAGUAACAAUGUAAAAUAUUUUUUUUAACUGUAUUAAUUUUUUUAAGCACCAAACACACUUUACUUUCUGGACAACCUAUGUAUAUUUGUGUCCCAUACUUGCAUUUAGGAGCCAGACAGCUCAGUGAGUAUAGAGAUUAUGUUAUGGACUGAACAACCAAAGAAUUGGGAUUCAGUGCUAAACAGGGCAGCAUUGUAUUUGUGUCUGCAUCCAGACUAAAUCUGGGGUCAACCCAGUGUUCUACGCAAUAGUUCCCAGGGGUUUGUAACCACCCACCUCCACAUAGUGCUGAAAGUUAAGAAAGACUGGAGCUAUACCUCCACAAGAAGGCCAAGGCUCACAGUUGGCCUCAGUGCUGAUGCCAAUCCUUCAUCUUUUAUAUUUGACUGGAGAAAACUGUGUGAACUUAAGGUUAAAGAAUACAAACUGAAAAAAAGUGUCACUUUCCAUCAGCUCCCACAGUAAAAUGCUGGAAUGCCACUGCUAUAAUGAUCUGAGCAUCCAUAAGGUCUACAUGAAAGAGACAAACCUGCUGUAUGGUAAGUGCUACUUGGGUUCACAGCUCGUGGCCUACGCAACUGAGAAACGGUUCCAUGCUUAUGUAACUAUGGAAACAAGAUACUGCCACGCGGUAAGCAUGAAUUAUUGAUGGAGUCUGGAUUGGUAACUGGAUUUACUGCACACCUAUACAACUUGUUACUACAAAGAACUACAGAACACGUAGUCUUCACAAGCUGUUGCUUGGUAGCAGCUUCUAAUGGUGGACAUUCCCCUUCCUUUGGUCUUCCAAACUAUCCCAAGCCUGAGCUUCCAGCUUCUCACUUCUCACAAUGGCACCUCUCAGUUGACUCAACAACUAAAGUAUUCAUCCUCGUUAUAGAGCCCCAGCAGGGACUGCAGAGAAAACACUUGUUCCAUUAUUGUGUUUUCUCAUUGCUGGGGAAACGUGUCCACAGAGCUGGUUCCCAGCAACAGCUGUUGUAAUGUUGUCUGUUUACACACCUGUUACUCAGCAGUGGGUCUACAUGUCACAAUACGUUAUGUUUGGACAAUCCAUUACUGAUGCUAGGGUUCUCCAAAACAAAGGCAGAGCCAGCAACUGUGCCCUAUGGUAUGUGAAUCCCAAACCUUUGCAAUGCAGUGUGCUCAAUACUCACACUGAAUCCUUUCAUUGCAGAAACAAAAUGCUGUUCCACAGUGCAUGGAUGACACUGAAAGGAUUCAAACAGAAGGGGGGGGAGUAUGUAAAGUUCCAGCAGUUUUAUCAGUGACCCCCAUAUCCAACACCCUGAACAGUUAGACUAACCACUGUUCAUCAUGUGUGGUCAAUACUUAGGAGUGAGUGUCUCCCUCCAUGUUGUGUACCCUCAAAGUAUUGGUGCUUAGACAUAAAGGCAAUUUUAUUAGCUUGCAUGCAGUACCCAAGAUUAGUGAAAACACUAUACUUAGACAACAUAAGUCCCAGAGACGGACCCCAUCCACAUCAGCCUCAAGAUGUUAUGCUUUCCCCUCCAGUUGUUAGGCCAGUGACAUGCCAGAAGGACUGCAGGGCAAUACAACAGUAUGCUAGACCUGCAGUCAGAAUGCACUUGGUUUGAAUUCUGGCUGGGACACCAGCUGGCCUGGGCAAAUGCUUGGAUAGUAACUUGAUCAGGUAUUUGCUGCUAUAUAGUCGAGGUACUGACAGUACGGUCAGUGCACAUACUUCUGUAUAUAAAGUGUAGCUGAACUACGUUACCCUUGGAAGAAAAUUGACUGUUGCCUUGGUACACCUUUCAUUGUUGCUAUAUACCUGACAAUGAUGAAAUCCAUGUGACUGCUGAAGCUGGUUUUGAGAAAACGGACAUUUUGAGUUUGGGCCCCUGGUGCAUGCACCAUUAUUUUCAUGAAGAUACUACUGAUGGCAGUUUUAUUUAGGGAUACAGUCGCUAUAAAUUACUGAAAUUUAAUUGAUAUCCUUAGAGGCGUUUUUGAAGAAGAUCGCCAUUUUGUUUUAUAUGGUCCAUCUAAAGUUAGAAAGCUCGUACUCACCAGGCACCAACCUACAAGCGAUAAAGUCUUAAAAAAUGAGUGUCAAUAAAAUCCUCCCAAGUGUUCAGGCUCUAGAGAGGUGCAAAAUAUACAUACAGACAGACAGAUGUCACCCCAGUAACCAAUUCUUCAUAUUCUGAGGGGGCUCAAAAUGUGUAAAUCUCUCAAAAUCUCGAGAUAAAAUAUUUUCACAAUCACAAUACUUUGAUAUGUACUGCAUAUAUGAAGAAUUGAAGAAAAUAAUUACUGCAAGUGGGAAGACUCAAGUGUCAUCAUUCCCACCAUCCAUAGUUCUUUCUUUCUGGGGGCUCAGUAUAAUUUCUGUAUGCCUGAAGAACACAAGCAAGACAGUUAGCCAAAUGGCAUGUUUAGCUGACACACAGGACAACACUGGAAAUGUUUAAAGUAGGCAGGAGGCAGUUUCAUACUUGGAAGCACAAAACAAAAUGUGAAAAAGAGAAAUUAUGUUACUGCAACUGAAAGCAUUCAUAAAUUUGAAAAUGUUACUUGUUAUAUCUGCUCAGUUACUGAACUGAGGGAUGACACGCCAUGCCGUAGCUCAGGUGGUUAGUUGCCAGCUUCACAACACAAUGGCCCAUGUUCAGUUCCAGGGUUGCCCAUCUGGGAUUUGUGGUGGAUAAAGAGCCAGUGCAAGCACCUUAGUUUUCAUUUGUCUAUCAUCAUUCCACCAAUGCUCCAAAUCCAUUUAUCAUUGGGGGCUGGUACAACAGGCAAAGUAAAAAGGGACUAAGUCUCAUCACAUUCCUACAACUUAAACAAAGAAUAUAUAUAUGUCAGUGCGGAUGGCACAUUUGUAAGAAGCCAUGCUUGAAACACUGGAUUGACCACAGAGUUAAAGCAACAUAUCCCUACCCUGUAGAGUUCCAUGUCAAUAUAAUAAAGCAUAACGACCCCAAGGAAUGUCAAAUAUGCAGAAUGUUGUAAACUGUUUAUAGAUAAGUGCUGCCAACAAUAAAGCUACAUUUUAGUGACAAUAAUCAUGACAAUAAUGACUAUGUGAAGCAGGCUACUACUAUAAUAACUGUAAAGUAGCCCUACAAUUUGUAGUUUUUUGUCAUUUUAUUGAUGUUAUUCAUCUGUAUUUUGUUUAAUAAUGUGAUACAUUGCCACUAGAGCGAGUCAGUGUCCACGGUGACUUGAAACAAAUGAUUCCAAGUCUACAGUAUUAUCACAAACCAACUUGCUCAGGAAGACCACAAAAUCUCAGGACAGCAAAACCAAAACCAAAAAUCUUUGGGAUAUAAACGUUGAAGCAGAAC